CCCCGAGAAGGCGGUGCACACCCAGCAGCCGCGGGCCCAGGCCGCUCUGGCAGUACUGAAGGCUGGGAACUCCCGGGGUCCAGUUCCACAACAGAGGCCCAAGACGUGACGGGUUGCACCUCUUAAGGAUCUUCCUAUAAAUGAUGAGCAGGUCUCUGAUCCUCCUUGGAAAGCAAAUAGUAAACAGCCUGCAUUCACCAUUCAUGUGGAUGAAGCAGAAGAAGAGCCUACCAAGAGGCCCACUGAAUCUAAAAAAGACGAGCCGGAAGAUGUCCUGGCUUUUAAUUCAGCUAUCGCUUUACCUGGACAAAGAAAACCACUGGUACCUCUUGAUUAUCCAAUGGAUGGUAGUUUCGAGUCACCACAUACUAUGGACAUGUCAAUUGUAUUAGAAGAUGAAAAGCCAGUGAGUGUUAAUGAAGUCCUAGACUACCAUGAGGAUAUUCACACAUAUCUUAGGGAAAUGGAGGUUAAAUAUAAACCUAAAGUGGGUUACAUGAAGAAACAGCCUGACAUCACUAACAGUAUGAGGGCUAUCCUCGUGGACUGGUUAGUUGAAGUAGGAGAGGAAUAUAAACUACAGAAUGAGACUCUGCAUUUGGCGGUGAACUACAUCGAUAGGUUUCUUUCUUCAAUGUCUGUGUUGAGAGGUAAGCUUCAGCUUGUGGGCACUGCUGCUAUGCCGCUAGCCUCAAAAUUUGAAGAAAUAUACCCACCAGAAGUAGCAGAGUUUGUACACAUCACAGAUGAUACCUGUACAAAGAAACAAGUUCUGAGACUGGAGCAUCUCGUUUUGAAAGUCCUUGCUUUUGACUUAGCUGCACCAAUGGUAAAUCAGUUUCUUACCCAAUACUUUCUACAUCAGCAGCCUGCAAACUGCAAAGUUGAAAGUUUAGCAAUGUUUUUGGGAGAAUUAAGUUUGAUAGAUGCUGACCCAUACCUAAAGUAUCUGCCAUCAGUUAUUGCUGGAGCAGCAUUUCAUGUAGCACUCUACACAGUCACAGGACAAAGCUGGCCUGAAUCAUUAGUAGGAAAGACUGGAUACACUCUGGAGACUCUUAAGCCUUGUCUUAUGGACCUUCACCAGACCUACCUCAAAGCACCACAGCAUGCACAACAAUCAAUAAAGUACAAAAAUUCAAAGUAUCAUGGUGUUUCCCUCCUCAACCCACCAGAGACACUAAAUGUCUAACAGUGAAAGACUGCAUUUGUUUCUAAGAUGUAAAUCACUCAAAGUAUAUUGUGUACAGUUUUUAUCUUGGGUUUUGAAUGUUACAAUCAUUUCUGAAUACAGAAGUU